AUGAAAUCCUAUGAGGAUAAAUUAGCCGAACAGGCUCGUGAACUUGGAGAAGUUCGGGCGCUCCGAACUGCAGAUAUUGCUCACCUGACUGAAGAAAUCAAAGCGAAAAAAGAAGAGGCUGUGACGAGGGAAGCUGGUGCUUAUGUGAACGCCCAUAGCGAUCUUCUGGCUGAGCUCAAUAGGCAUUAUCCUAGGGAAGACUUCUCGUGGAUGAAUUCGGACCUCAACACGACGACUACUGGUAUCAUACGUCAGAAGCUGGAGGAAGAUUUCGGCGUCGAUUUAUCAGAUAGGAAGGCGUUUAUAAGGGAACAGGUUGAUUUGUUUCUCCAAAGCCAGUUUGAGGAACAUAGCAAAAACGAAGAACUAGAAGUUGGGGAUGAAGAAGAUGAUCAAUUGGUUGACGUUAAAUCAGAGGAAGCCGGCCGCUCUGAUUCCAAGGAGGAUGGUGGUGAUGGUGAAGAAGAAGAAGAAGAAGAAAGGAGUAAUGAAAAAAAAAAGGCAAAACGGAGGUCUAACAAGCAUAAAAAUGAAGGCAAGAAAAGAGGAGGUGGUUUUAGCAAAUUAUGUAGUCUUUCUCCUCAACUUCAGGAAUUCCUAGGGGUGCCGCAAUUAGCUAGAACUGAGGUUGUCAAGCAACUUUGGACUUACAUUAGAGAAAAAAAUUUGCAAGACCCAGAUAAUCGGCGGAACAUAAUUUGUGAUGAACCAUUACGUGCCCUUUUUGGUGUUGAUUGUAUCAACAUGUUUCAAAUGAAUAAAGCCCUAUCAAAGCAUAUUUGGCCCUUGGAUUCAGAUGGUGUUGUUCUAGCCAAGUCAGCACCAAAGGAAAAGCAGCGUAAGCAAGAGAGAGAAGAAGAUGAGCCAAAAAGAAAAGAAAAACGACAAAAGGAAGAAAAAUUGGGUUUUCUUGCUCCCCUUCAACUUUCAGAUGCUCUAGUAAAGUUCUUUGGUACCGGAGAAAGUGUGUUAUCGCGAGCUGAUGUUGUCAAGAGAAUGUGGGAGUACAUAAAGCAGAACAACCUCCAGGACCCAUCUGACAAGAGGAGAGUAAUUGAUUAGAAGCUGAAAGAACUCUUUGAUGUCGACUCCUUCAAUGGCUUUACAGUUUCAAAGCUCCUAUCUGCUCAUUUUGUAAAGACCUAAUGCUGAGUUGUUACUGCAUAUUUCCCAGUUCUGACUAAGCUCAAGAGGAAAUAGGGUAUUCCCUGCAAUUUGUCCAAAAUUUUCCUUUUUUCUCCCUGAAGGACAACAGCAUGACUAGUAGAAAAUAUGAAAUUUAUUUGACUAUUUUGUAGGCAUUAAUGAGAUUUUUCAUAUCUUACAAGCAUCCUAAUGGCGUUUUUGGAAUUUUAUUUUUGAUUCUUUUUAUUCUUGUCCUUUUCUUUCUUGGGUUUAGGCUCCCAGGCUUUAAUUGUAAAUGUAUUGACGAUUUUUAGAUAAUUCAAUAGAGAAUGUGAUUUUCUUUGCA